AUGGCGCUCUCCAAAGUCGAUCCUGCUGCAUGUCUAAAACCUGCUGGAAAUGUCGAAGUUCUGGUGAAAACUUCUCUUCAGGCAUUCAACUCAGUUGAUACCUCCGCGAAAGCACUUCUCACCAAAAGCGCCAAGGAUCUUGAUGCCUUCAGGGGCCCAAGUGGAGAUGAAGUGGUCACAAUGCGCCAGUUGAUUACCAAUUGCACUGGUGAAUACAAGGAGCUGGCUCUUACGGAGAUUCGCCUUUGUGAAGAUCUAAAAGGUUAUGGUACAAUCUUGCCAUCUCUCCUCGAGAUGUCCAUUUCUGAGAUACUCAGCAUUGUUCAGCCCAUGGUUGAUGAAUACAAGAAGGCGGUCGAUAAUGGAAAAAACGAAAGACAAGCCAGGGGAGAGAAGAUCGUCAUGGAAAUUGAAGAGAUCAAUGGACGAAUCAAAGAUGCUUCUGAGAACAUCGAUGCCCUGGUCAAGCAGGCCGAAAGUCUCGAAGAUAGCCUCGCAAAAGAGACACUCGGCAAGCUUCUUGCCGACUUUCUUCGAAAGCUGUUCAAUCUUGCUGACGAUGAUGAGGGCGCAAGUGCUCAACUUGCCACUCUCCUUGGUGUUGCCGUUGACACCCUUCUGAGUAGCUUUGAGAAACUAUACAAAGAUCGACAGAAGCUGCAGGAUACUUUGAAUAAGGUCAAGGCACUCAUAAUCAGCCUCAAGGACAUCAAAGCUGAGCUUAUCAGGCUUGUGGCUGGUACAAAAGCAGGCAUUGACGCCGAUAGAGAUGUUGUCCAGGUGUGGGCCGAAGUGCAGAAACGGUUGCAAGAUCUCACCACCUAUCCUGAUCAAUCCUCAAACUUGACCAAGGAGCAGAAAUUGAUCGUGGCAAUGGCAUGGGAUCAAAUGGUCAAGACGGCGACUUCUGCCAUCGGACAGCUCACUGGAGCAGUGCCGGCCAAGCCACAGAGAGGCGGCAGCACCAAUGGACUCUCGUCAGCUACUGCACGUACGAUGCCAUUCCCAGAGACCAGGGCUCAGAUCAACGCUAUCCUUAUGGCGGCGAGAGUCGGCGCUGACGAAAUGCUCAUUGAUCCCAAGAAGUAUGCUGUCCUAUCCAAAUUAUCUCAAGUGCCUGAGGUUGUGCAUCGUCUCUUCACCAACGCUGUUCCAAGCGACUCGGAGGAUCCAGAAGUGGAAAAUCAAAUCAAGAAGUUUGGCGUUGAGGACGUGAAGGAGAAGAUGGAGGGUCUUGGUUCAGAUCACAAAGCUAUUGUCAACUCAUUCCAGAAAAUCCUCGAAAUGCCUUUCCUCCAGAACCUAAACAUUAUUGACCCACUCUCACAACAUAGUGAAGAGAUUGAUAUGCGAACUCUUGUACAGAGAUACAAAACCAAAUAUGAGCAGCUUCAGCACAAGACUGUUGCAGUCUGUCAGAACUUCAUGUCUACCAGCACAUUACAGCUUAGCUUGCUUCCCAAAGUCGGCAUCCCAAAUACCGAGUCUGCGAAGGAUCCCAGCAAUAUCAGCAUCAAAGACUACGCAGAGACUAUGAAGCCCAUCGUAGAUGGUUACAAGCAAGAUGCAGAUGACGCGCGACGAGCACAUGUCGACUUUCUCAAUGAAUGGAAGAACGCACAAAUAAACAUUACUUCACGUAUCGAAGAAUGCAAGGCGAAAGCCAAACUGCUCAAAGAACAGAUCGAAGCGAAACAGAAAGAGUACGAAAACGAGACUGUAUGGGGUGUGCUGAAGCUCAUAGGUGGCGUGAUCUGCCUCGUGGCCAGCUAUUGGGUUCCUCUGCUCGCACCAGUUGGUAUCAGUUUGAUGACAACAGGCAUCAAACAACUGAUUGAUCGGGGUCAGCUGUCGGAUGCGAUCAAAGAAUUGCAGCAGCAGUUCGAUACUGCCAAUGAUACGGCCGACAAACUCGGACAAUUGAAAGCUCCCAUGGAUACUGUCACAACCAAGCUACAGACAGUCAUCAACAUCUGGAACGACAUCAACACUAACAUCAACGACAUCCAGGUCAUAACUGAAGUUCUCUUCAACCAGAGAACCAGUGCUGUCAUCGAAAAGCUCUGGAAGAUUCAAUUUCCACAUGUCAGUGCUUAA